AAACGCUGUCAACCGGAAAUGAUGUCACGGUGCGGCACAUAUCACGCUUUUGGUGGGAAAAUGAGUUCGCCUCCACUCACAAUAAUCGCAACAUUUAUGACACUAAAACGUGUUUUCUGAUAUUUACCGCACUGGAGAGUAAGACGGUGUCGCUCGCGCACUUAAAGGUUUUACAGUUUUAUUCGUGAGUGCUUUUAAAAUUCGCAGAAACCAGCAGAUAAACCGGUAAAAGUUGACUCUGCCUAUUGUUUGCUAGCAUGCACACGGUUUAGCUCACAGUUAUCGUGACAUUUACCGGGUUUGUUUGCGUUAGGUAGAAAUCAGAGAACCUGUUUGGUGUGUUUUCUUUUACUCUGAGUUAUUCCAGCCGUCGAGAAUCAACAACAUGCCAGAAAUCAAACUGAAGCACGUCGUGUCCUGCAGCACCGAGGACCCGGUACGUCUCUGUCGGAACUACAGUGUUACGUGUCACACAGUUUUAAAGUGAAAGCCUCCUGUCUCACAACAUCAUUUCCCCUAAUAUGAGUCUUUUCCUCCUCGCAGACUCACAAAGCAGACAACCUGCUGAGCUCUGACACCUACAGAAAGUGGAAAGCAGCCAGACCCGGGGAGAAGCAGACCUCAGUCAUCCUGCAGGUGUGUUUACUCUAAAGCCAUGUGUCCUGUUUACAGAUAUUUAAUCCCAGCAGGAAGGGAAAUCAUGGAAUAAUUCUGACCACCCAUGACAUUAUGACCCUGACAGGUGAGGUUGUUAUUACUGGCUCUGUCUUCAUAAUAUCACCUAUGUGAGUGGGAUAUGUGAGGCUGUAAGCAAACCUUAGAGUUGAUAUAAGUCCAUGUUAAUGCAGGCAGGAAAACUUUGACAAAGACCAAACUGUGAGUGCCUGAUGAUCUGUGAGAAGUGUUUCAGGUCUUAAAGGGAUAUUCCGGAGUAUCCCUUUAAGUGGCUAACACCUGCCACAAGGGAUCCACAGAGGGUCUCAGUUUAGUUCCAGGGUAAAUGAUCUACCCUUUUAAAAGCCCGUCCUCCGUGGGUAGUACUUUCUAGGGUAUUAGGCAGGCAGGGCCUGACAAUUUUGUUUACACUGGAAAAGUAGGUUGUUAUUUAACAUAUAGAAUACUAGUAUUUAAGUGCACAGACAGAGGAGGCAUGAGAUAUUGUGGAUAAUAUCCUGCAUAACCUUCUGUUAUUUGAUCAGUAAAACUAAUCAUGAAUUUUGACCCAGUUUUAUGUACAUUUAUCCAUCUAAGGGGAUGCUUUUGGGUGUAAUAACCUUCAGUGGUUGCGUGGAGUCCGUGUCACAUUAGGUCAGGAUUAUUUCAGGUGGUCAUGGCUGAUUGGUGUAGAUCUGCUUUUCUUUUUAGACUUUUACUUCUGAUGUUUUUAACAAUAUUUGUACGAUGUACAAUCGCUGACUCCAACAUACUUCUCCUUUGUGCUCUUGUGGGAUGUAUAUUGUGUUUGUUCUCUUGCUCUGAAUUUCAAAUUAACAAAACCAUUGGCCUCUUAAAGUUUCUGAAACAUAAAUGUAUUUUGCAAACAGUUGCAGUUUGAAGUUGAUUGCUGGUCUCCGGGUUAUUCAAAAUGCAGCUCUUGCAUAGCAUUUAACUGAGAGACAAGAACAUAACCUAAACCUACGCAGUUUGUCUCUUCACCUCCUUUGCAAGAUUUCAAGGAUAUGCUAAAGAAACAGUGGGUGUACUCUACCGUUUGCAGAGUGACUUGUCCAUGCUCUUUAACCUUGAAUUCAAACCCACAUUGAAUUUAUUUAUACAGCGCUGAAUCAAACAAGUACUGCUCAAGGUGCUUCUCAGAAAGGUUAAAUGAACGUCAUGUCAGAGCCGUCCCUACAUAAGGUCAUAUGAGGCCCUACUGGUCAGUAGUAAAGGGAUCGCAGUCAGCUUGGCUGCUCUGCAGAGAAACUGGUUGGAGAAUCAGCUCAGAAAUUAGGUGGUGUAUAAAAAGAGUCAAUUUUACCAGGUAAGUUAACUCGUUUCAACAACGUCUGACCCAAAUACUAAUGUUGGUGUGGAUGCACACUCCAUUUAGAGAAAUUUCAGGACUUUGUAGUCGGGGAAAGUCAGUUUGUUUCAGUUCUAUUUUUGGACAUAAUACCUUUGUGCUCCCCUGCCUGCAGGAAACAGAUGAGCUGGUUGACUCUCUAAUGUACAAACGAACUUGACUCGUGGGUAGCACACUGGUAUAAAGUCAAUUUGUACAGGGAUUUUCAUACUGAGAUGCAAUAAAUGCUAAACAUCAUUAGGAAUAUCUGUUUUUUUUGUCAAGUGCUCUUUGAACAGGGAGAAGAUUUCCACACAGUGAAUAUAUCUGGGUUUUCAAUGACAAGAAUUUCGAAGCUUUUAAUCCAGGAUUUUCCCACUGUAUCUCUUGAACAUCCUUGUUUCAAAAACAUGCCUCUCAGAAAAUGUCCUAUUAUACUGAAAAAAUAAUCAAACAAACAAAAAAAAAUGAAUUAUUAGUAAUUAAAAUGUGUGCAGAGAGAAAAAGUAUGAUGGAGUAUUUGGGCCUCAUUAAGAAAAAAAAAUUAAGACUUGGAGAAAAUUAAGACUUGGAGAUUAAAUUCAUUAAUUUACUAGAAUAAGUCAUUACGAGUGAGAAUGAAGUCGUAGUAAAAUCAUUACUUACAAGAAUAAAGUUGUAAUCAAUUACUACUACUUCUAUACUUAUGAUAAUGUGGUGCUGAUGUGCCAAAAGAUUAAGUAUCUUCUUGUUUGAGAAACAAGAAGAUACUUUAUUCUGACUUUACUCUCGUAAGUGAUUACUUUACUACGACUUUAUUCUUGUAAGUUAACGACUUUAAUCUCCAAGUCUUACAUUUUUUUUCUUAAUGUGGCCCUAAUACUCUGUCGUAAAAAAGGUCAUCUUGGCUUAUAUGAUUGUGUUUUUACUAUGUAGUUUUCUGAUCCAUAAAUGCGUUCAAACUUUGGUUUAAUCUGUUUUCAGCUUCUCUUUUUUUUACUUUUGAUCUUUCCUCUUUCCCCCUCAGUUUGAGAAGGAGGACCAGGUCCACAGCAUUGACAUCGGAAAUGAGGGUUCAGCAUUCAUCGAGGUGUUGGUGGGAAAUUCCUCAGCAGUCAGGGACCAAGACUACGAGGUAUCCAGAUAUCCACAAUAUACCACCUCAUUGUUCAAGUACAAGCCAUGCCUCGUUGCUUUUUUCACUUACUCUUCGUCUUUCUCUUUUUAGGUUCUCUUGGUUAUGUCUUCCUUCAUGUCCCCAACAGAGAGCCGUAACGGCACCAACUUGAACCGGGUUCGCUUCUUCGGACCUGCCCAGCUGCAGAAGAGCACAGCACAGGAGAAGUGGGACCGUGUGAAGAUUGUGUGUAGUCAGCCAUACAGCAAGGUAAAGGUCCAGACAGUUCACUUUAAAGUGAAAUAUUGACCUUAUAGCAGUUUAAUCGAACUUUACACACACUCAACAGAAGUUAGAUAGCAUCAUAGUUUCAGGACUGGUGUAAAGAUAGUAGAUACACAAAGAAUUACUGCAAAACUACCGCCGAUAUAAAAUCUGAAAUGACUGUGUGUGUUUUUCAGAACAUAGCGUAUGGACUGGCCUUUGUGAAGUUUCAUUCACCGCCUGACAAAAAUGAUCCUCCAACAUCCUCGCCGGUAAGUGUUGUUCCCAAAAGCCCAAGGAUGCCACUUAAGACUUUAACUUCUGUCAGCUUUUAGUUCUUAUCUGUUUUAUUCAUUUUUAGUUCUGUUAUAGACUACAGGACUGGACUGUUUUUAAGGGACGACUGAAUGCACUGUAUUGUAAUCUUUUAACUCCCUGCACUUAAUGUGAUGUAAUGGAACAAACGUAAUUUUGAGCCUGGCAAACCCAGGUGUUACAAUAAAGCUACCUUGUAUCCUUGUAUCCUUAAGACCUCCUGAGUCUUGUUGGUUAUGAUUGAGGACUGAUUGUUCACUCGUACUAUCUUUGAGAAUAAUUCUGAAGAGCUUAAUAGAUGCUUUACAAAGUAUGGUGACGUUAAAGAGACAGUCAGUGAUAUUAUUCAGGAUUUUAGCCUCAGUUCUCAGCAUAUAGACUAUGAUUGUUAACGAGAAUUUAGAGUUAAAAUUUUAACUAAUGAAAUUAAAACUGGAGUUCAAGACUGUGAAGAGGUCUGUAGGUAAAGGAGGAGGAUUUUGGUGUCCACAUGGAACUUGAGAUGGAUGAAGUUGGUGGUGGUGACGCCAGGGCUUGGUGCGAGGCACAACCCUGGCAGCUGAAUUCUGCUCAUGAUUGAGACUCUUCAGGAUUUUGUUGGUGUCCUGGAUAAGACUCCAUGGUAGUAGUCCAGCAGGAGGUGAGGGAUUCUGAUGGAGAUUUGAGAAUGGAUUUCAUGCAUGACUGGAAGGAGGUGGUGGAGUUAAAGGUGACACCCAGGCUGCAGUUUUUGGAGGGGGGUAAAUUUAGCAGCUGUUGAUGUCUGUGAAAAGGUCUCCAACUUUCUGAAGCAGGAACUUAGAAGCUGUCAGCAUGAUCCUGACGUAGCCCUUGAAUAGGUGUUUCAUUAUUUCCUGUUUUCACAGAAUCAUUUUGCAGUAGGUUUGGCUUAUUAUACCUCAUCUAGGGCUGGACGAUAUGGCCUCAAAUUGAUAUUAUGAUAUAUUGAGCAGUUCACCUCGACAAUGAUAAAUAGACGAUAACUACUCCACAAGCUGCUCACCCCCUCUCACAUUAACUCUGUCUACUUCGGCCGCUACAACUUUUGAACCGUCCUCCAUCUCCUCAUCUGUCUUUUCCUCUUUGUUAAGUACUGGAUGGGGUGGAGUCACGUCUCUGAUGUAGGACAGCGUCUUGAAGGGACAUGAGACCAUAGCAUACCUACAUCCAAAACAAACUUUGAUUUAUUUAUUUUUUUGACACUGAAUAUACCAAUACGGGCAAAAUUAUGUCGGUUAUCGUCGUAAAUUAUGUAAAAUUUACAGUUUCUCACCCAGCCCUAACCUCACCUCAUUUGGCUGAAUCUUCUUUUCAUUCAGAUAAAAAACGACUCGAUUCCAAACUGAUGGAGUUAAUCUAGGUUUUGUGUUUAAAAAGUGUCCAUUACUUCUGCUGUAUAACUCAAACCUUCACUCUGCUGGGAUAUCAUGACAGCCAGUUUGUCUUUGUGUGCACGAGACUCUAAGAUGAAAUGCUGCGUCUCUUAUCGUCACUGCUUCUCCCUGACAUUAACAUAUGAAGUAUUCUCACGUUCAGCAGAGUCAGAGUCUCAUUGUGAUGUGUUCAUCCAUCCUAUGAACUUCAAUAAUCUACAACUUGAAUCAUUUGUCAGUUCAAACUUUGUGUGCUCCCUUUAUCUUGUCUUUUGGCGCUUACCGUCUCUUUUCUUCUCCCACUUCAGAAACUGACAAAGCUGGGACAGUUCAGGGUGAAGGAUGAGUCUCCUUCAACCGGGCCGAGCCUUCAGCCCGGCAGCCUCUUCUUCAGUCGGGACAAUGCGGCAAAGUCCAGUCCUUCACCUAAAGGUUAAUCCGUCCAUUCAGAUUGAACAGCUGCUAGAGCCAAUUGAAAUCCUUUGUGGUCCUGCUAAUAAAGAGCUAAUCACAUCAACACUAAUUAAGCUUCGUUUAAGAGUGCCAGGAGGCAUGAUGGGGGGAAAAAAGGAUUUCUUUAUUCUGGAGCUACUUUGUUCCCUCACCGACGUUUUCCUCUCCUCAGUAUCUCCUCCGAGUCAGAAGCUGACUUACGCUGCUGCUGCCCUGCAAGCCGGUGGCAGCUCCCACUCAUCAGGACCAACUUCCUCCUCCAGCUCUGCCUCGCCACAGGUACUAAACACCACCGUCACUUUAAUCAAUGAAGGACAGCCAUCAAGCAGCUGUUCGCUCCUUUAAUGAGUAGUCUUUUCUUGUCUUAAGUUACACCCCGGGAAAGUUUCCGAGAAAAGAUGACACAGAGGUGAGAAAGUUUGUUAUAGGAUGAGAACGAUUGUUUUUUACUCCGGCGGCAAUUUUCGCAGUCUGCCAAUUCCUACCGGAUGUGUUUGUGAGGCAAAUUUCGUGGUGGAAUACUGACAGCGGGAAUCGCAAGAACUCACAAGAACCUGUGUAUUCACGUUUAAUCGCACGAUAACGAGUUGUCUCUAUACAUAGACAUAUUAACAGUAGAUUGUGUCCUUCCAGAGGAUUAAAUCUACUUCUAGACUUCUAGAAUCAGCAUCUCCUCAUCCAUGGUGUCAACAGGGUGAAAUGACGUCUAUAAACCUUUCACUUGCUCAUCUCCGCCUGUUUGUAUGGUGUGAAACGAGUUAAUCUGUGCUGAAUUUAUCCACCCUGCUCCGGCAUCCCGAAAAAAUAGAACUCUGGUGAUCAGCUGUGGAGUCCGGCGAUCCACAGAGGAACGGAAAGAAGCUGGUGGAAAUUGACACAUUAACUUGAAUGGAAACUAUCACCUGUGAUCGGUAGAUACGGCCUUUUCAUAGCCGUUCCAGAUGCAGUCGAAAUUGGGGGUUAGACUUCUAGUGACUGAUUGUAACCCGGUCCUGUCAAUUCUUCAACAUUAUUGCUAGAUUUUCACAUGAUACUAAAAAGAGGUGGUUGCGACUUAGCGAUGGACUCGGUUGACUCCCAAUCAGAAGAUCGAGAGUUCGAUCUUAAGUCCCUCUGUCCUCAUGCAGCGAUGUCCAAGGGCCAGACACUUGACUCCACCUUCGUAUUGAUGUCUUUUCCCUCAGAUCUCAUCUUCUAUCAAAUAUUUCUCUAAAGCACUGUUUUUUUCAGGUGCAUGUUACUUUUUACAAGUUGUUAAAUCUUGUUUUUGUUUUCUGUUCGUUGUCCACUUACAGCCUCCCACAAAAAGAAAAUUUGAGUUCAGCCAAGAGCGUCAGUCUGCCCCAGCUCCUCCACCCUCAAAGAAGUUAAGCCCAGCCGGCACACCUGAGGGCAAAGCCGCAACCCCCAAACAAAAGCCGAGCCCGGCCAGCUCAUCCAGCCCCGGCACGGCGAAAGGUAACUUUAGUCCAAAUCUGAGGAUAUAGAAAUCUUCUCUACCUUUGAAAAAAACUUUGACUUUCACGAUCUCCUCCUCAGCUUCUCCAGCACAGAAGUCCACAGAGAGGAAACAGGCGAGCCAGUCCAAACCUGAACCUAAACCCAAACAACAGAAAGCGAAAUCCCAGAGCGCGCAACAGGUCCCGUUCAAGCGGCUCAUGGAGGGCGUGGUGUUUGUCCUCAGCGGCUUCCAAAACCCCUUUAGAGGGGAGCUGAGGGAGAAGGCUCUGGAGAUGGGGGCCAAAUACAGACCCGACUGGACACCAGACUCAACACACCUCAUGUAAGUGUGAAAGAACAGAGAGUUUCUGCACACUACACAGCUUGAUGAGACGGUGAUGGAGAUUUUGAAAGAGUUUUUUUCAAGUUUUCCACUUAAUAGUCCUUCUGCAGUCACUGCUGCUCGGAACAAUCCUUCAUUUCAGUGAACUUAAAGUCAAAUUUUAUUUAAGACAACUUCUCCGAUAAAAUCACACUUAAAUCCUCCCGUCACAUCUUAAAGUUGUUGCCUGUAGGAUGGCUGCUGUUCUCUACAAUAAACAAUGAAACCCUCUGCCGACGAGGACGGCUCAGAGAAGGCUUCUUAAAAACAAAGAAAAGAGGUAACCGAGGAGCUCGAGAGAGAAGAUAAACAAUCAGUACACACUGAAACUGAGGACCGCUGGUGAUGAAGUUAUAAAGAGAUUAAAACUUAAGCAGAGUGGGGAAAAAAUGAGCUUUGACAGGUUUCUUCAGGGAAAAUCAUCUCCAUCUGAGGAAAACAUUAAAACCUCUCUCACGUAUUUCAUUUCUGCACACAGUACAACUAAAAUCUGAUUAUUUGCGCAGCAUUACCUCCAUGUAAAACAUUUGUGCGACCUCUUUGUGAUACGGACCAAAGCUAAUCCAGUAAAUCUUCAUAGUUCAUGAGAGACUUUGACAUGUGUCAGAUGUUUUUAUCACUGAAACUGAUGACAGGAUUGUGUAACGGCGCUGUUAGCUCUCCCAGUAAUUCAGUUUGAUUGCUUUGUGAUCUCUGCCGUUAAAGCAGACUAUUGCUCCUGUCAGGCUCUAUCUAGUGAUGUAACCGUGUGUGUUUGUGCGCGCGCGUGCACGUCUCUCUGUACCCAUUAAUCUCCAGCUGUGCCUUCGCCAACACCCCCAAGUACAGCCAGGUGAAAUCAGCAGGGGGCAUCAUCGUACGGAAGGAAUGGGUGAUGGACUGCCACAAGAGGAAGCAGAGUAUCUCCCAUAAACGGUAAGAGAUGAAACGAAGCCGAGAGAAGACGUGAUUUUAUUGCAGUGAUUGAAAAUGAGGCCGCAGAAACAGCUGGACGGGACUGGGCGUCUUGUUAAAGGGUCAUUCCCACAGGGUGACAGCCUGCAGAGCAUGUGUUCAGUCUGUGAUUCCACAUCUGAUUAAUUUGUUCUUUUAAGCCAUGUCUGUACCUCGUCAUAGCGCAAUCUGGGCACAGCACUCACGCUGAUUGAAGUGUCCAAAAAUACACCCCUCACAGCGGUGAUGCCCACUUGUUACAGAGAACAUUGUAACCUUGAGCAGCUGAUGCCUGCUGUGUUCACAAAUUCAGCCCAGCCGGCUCCAGAAGCUCUCUAAUUAUCUGCCUCAUUACGGGGGGGAGCUUUUGAGACAUCAAGGUCUUCUGUCAACGCUCCACAAAAGCUGUCCACUGAAUAAUGAAACGUAGAGGUCUCAGCCGGGUAAUGAAAAGUCCAUAUUAAUUGGAGUAGCACAGUACGGUCCUAUAUCACGUAAGACAUUGUCCUAUCAUUUGGGGAAUUUCCUCACACUUUUUUGGCUCCUGCAGUGAUUGUGUUUGACUUAGAGACGAAGCACUCGCCCACCAGGCUGCCUCUCUGCAGGGUUAUUUGAGGUUACUGAACUGUUUCAUGCAUACAGUUCAUAUGUAGGGGCGUGUGUGAAUCCUAUUAGCUGUCCAAGUAUCACUUCUAAUUAAAUAAGGGUGCUCUCGGCCAUCGUUAUCUUUAGCCACUCUCAUCAGUCGCUACCAAACAAUCAUUCAGUCUUUACUCUUGAUAAAUGUUUACUCAAGACUCCUUAUAGAAAGAGUGGGCAGGUCUAGACUGAGCUUAUCAAUAUCAUGACAUAGCAAGACUGAAAGUGUCUCCAUGUUUUACAGACCGAUGAUGAUUUGAAAGGAUGUUUGUUUGAGCUGCAGGGGAUCAGAGUGAAGGAGAAAAAGGAACUACAAGACCCCUGGGGAGAAAGAUCACACGUUUUACAGGGUGGACUCGAUUUAGCAGAGUAUCUGAUGUAGGGUUUUCAACGAAUAUUCUAAAUUUAAAUAUAUUCAAAUAUGUAAAAAAAAAACAAGAUUUGAAUGUGAAAAUUAAUAUUCAGCGGGAAAAAACUGAGCAGGAAAAAACAGAAAAAGAAAAAAAAACAGCGGCUGCUUUGUGAGUGAGCAAUGACGGGUCAGGGACGGGUCACAGGAGCUGCACCUGCAGUCAGACUCAACAAAAACUGUGCAGAGAGAGAUGGCGGGAUGUUUGGAGCCAAACUCGGAGAGAGUGGUAUGGAUUCCAACGAACUUUAGAGGCUCUGUUUGGAAAUUCUUUAGAUUUUGGGCAGACAUGGUAGACAGCAAAAAUGCAGAGCGAGAUAAAGUUAUGCAAGCUGUGUAAGCUAGAUAUUCGAAUAUAUUCGAACCUAUGUGUUAUUUUUAGAACGAAUAUUCGAAUGUCAUUUUAGAGCAAUUUUGACAGCCCUAAUCUGAUGUGCUGCUCAGUGUAGUAAACAGUGGAGUAUCAGACCUUGAUGUCUUUCCCCUCGUUUUAAAAUACCUCAACCCUCCAGUUUAACACCCUGAAGAAAGUAAAAGACUAUAAAAAUUGAAUAAAGUUACAAAAACUAUUAUCAUUUUUAAACUAUUUCUUUGUAUAAGUAGUUUGGUGAUGAAAUGAAUGUUUCCAUACUGACAUACUGAGUCUAGAGAUCUGCUGUCGGCCGUGGACUCGCAGAGGACCGCUGUAUGAAACAACUUACUCUCAGAGUUCUGUGCUGUUCAGCUUGGGGUCCCUCAGGGCUCCUUCCUCGGCCCGCUGUUGUUUUCACGGCACCUGGCACCAGAUUCAUAAACUGAUCAUUUACAAGUGUAUAUGCCAGUUGUUGCAGGAAAUAAAUCCAAUACACCCAAACUUGAGACCUGUCUCACUUGCUUUCUUAGACUUUGUAAUUAUAGUAGUAAUAAAUUUUAUUUAUAAAACGUGAGAUAGGUGGGGGCCAUGUUGUUGUUCAGUGAUUUGUGGGUGAGAAGGAGGAUUUUGAAUUGUAUACGGUGUAAGAUGGGGAGCCGGAGCAGUUUUUGGGGGACAGGAGUUCUGAAUGUAUUGGAGUUUAUUGAGGACUUUAGAUGAUGACCGGUAUGGGAUGCUGUCGCAGUAAUCUAGUCUGGAUGAGUCUCUUUGUAGUCUUUAAACUUUGUUCCUUUACUUGGCUGAGAUAAAAGUGAUGGGUAUCGGUCCAUGAGGAUGAUAUUUUACUGUUGGAUGUGGUCGAUGGAAGUUCAAAUGCUUGGGCACUUUGCUCUUAGGUGAUGGCUUUCUGAGUGUACCCAAGGUCAGAAAAUAGAUGGUCAUUGUGUGAGUAGGCUCUGUCAUACAGUUUAUUAUCUCUUUGGACAGAGUUUUAUUUUUAGAGUAAUGACAUCCAGAAAGGAGUACUUCCAGUCCUCUCACAGGCUGUGUUGGUGAUGGGUUUGAAGAUUUGUCUCAGAGCUGAAUGGCUGUGUGUCAGAAUGGAUGAUAAACUUUGGUCAUCAGCACUGGUGGAGUUUUUGCCUUGCUCUCAUAUCCACUCUAACCCUGACGAAACCAUCAAUAAAAUGGUUCAUCCACAUCAGCAUUUAUUAGAUAUGAAACAUCCACUGCGCAGAAGUGCCAACUGAGGCUCCUCAGUUUCAGAAAACCACAAAUCUAGAGUCAGAGUUGGACAUAAAAACAGGUUUUGGUGGUUUGAAAAUCAUUCAAACUCUAUAGGUGAUUGAAAAUGGUGUAAAGAGAGUUAAAUAUAAAAUAUUAACUUUUCUGUUUUGUCAACAUUUUACACAGCAUCUCAACUGUUAUUGAAUUGAGGUUGUUUGUUUCCUCACUUCCUGCCUGUGGAAGAUACGGUGGAAUUGAGUUAGGCGUCAUGGUCAACAAUUGGAUUUUCCGAGCCAUUUCUUUGCCUCCCAAGGUUUUGUUUGCAAGCGGUCAAAUUAACACAGAAAUGUGGUCGCUCUCAAUUCACAGUUAAAGCGUCUAAAUUUAAUUCAAAUUGAUUCGCUGCCUGACUAGAGUCAAUGUAAGACGCCUCUAAUUUCCCUCAUGAUGCAGCUGUUCAGCCGCUCUUCAAGAUUACUGCGGUAAUAAAACUCAGUCUGUUUUGAAAUUCAAUUCUUCUUCUUUGCAUUAUGAACGCUUGCCUACACAAAGUAACUUCUCCAGGUCUUCUAACACAGUAUGAAAUAACAAAUCUUCUUUGUAAACGCCUUGGCCUCGGGAACUUUCCUCGAGCUGCAUGCAUAAUAAAAAGUGACACAUUUGCUCCCGUCCGUGUGUGAAGUCUCCUGAAAGUGCUUUACCUUUGUUUCAACUCACUUCAAGCCAACACCUGCCCACUGUGAGGUUUGGAAAGUGAGCAGCAGGUGGACCACGCUGAGUUUUUUUUGUGCUGUUAUUUUCUAUUCAAGGUUAUUUUUUGGCAGUCAGUUGUUUUUUUUAUGCUUUUGAGAAGAAAAGGAAAAAACUGGCUUUUUAAACCUACUGCAAACUUAGAUUUAAAAAAAAGACGAGGAAGCUUGUUUUUUCCAUUCUGUGUGAACUGCCUUGUGUGAACCAAAUACAAGCUGCGGCUCUUUCAGAUUGUUUGUGUAGAAAUAAUGAAUCUGGAGACAAUAAUCAGACAUCUCAGUAUGAAAGUAAAACAAACAACUAAACAUAGUGACAUUAACAAGCAGCGAAGUGAAGCAGCCGGUGCCGCUAAACCAUUAUUUUCUGUUCUGAAACCUGCAGCAAAACAUCACAGACACAAAUCCAAACACACGAGGGAAAUUUUAACCGAAUAUGUUGUAUUUUUGUGAAGUUUUCUAAAAGGUCGGCAUUUAAUUUGGCGCUCCCUGAGAAAAAUGUUCUCCGACAACACCAAGCAGUGAAAUCGGCCUCUUGAUUCAUCAGUUUAUCUCUCCUCUGUAUGAUUUAAGGACAAAUUGCUUCAGGAGUCAUUUCACCUAAAUCUGUACCCCAUUUCUUCUUGAGACAAAUAAAGCACCACUUUUACACAGAAAACAUGCAGAAACAAAACCUUCGGUGAUUCCUGUGUUUUAAAUGCAUUCAACCAAACAAUUCAGAGCUGUCACUGUGGAUUUCUGGUUUGUCACAUGAUUGUUUUCUUAAUUUGGAGGAAAAUUGGUCAAUUAAAACAUAAUUUUCACAUCAAUCAAUAAUGAACAUAUUACCGUGUGCCGUCUCUAGAUGAGCCAAAACGCACAAUGAGGCAGCCUCCACUCUGUUAUUAGUUUGCUAUCAUGUGGGUGUUCUUAUUUAUAUUGGGGACUGUGAUUUAGAAAAAAAAAACUGAAGAAGCAGGUGUCAAUAAAUCCAUAUGUGCUCAUGUGAGACAUAAUGACAGUACUGACAGGUCAAUCUAAAGGGUUUAUUUACAGUCACAGCCACAGUGUGCUUGUAAGUCGCGUCGAGAGCCUGAGACGGAGUGACGCGGUGUGAAGCUUUUGUUUGCUGCAGUAAUCAAUAACAUGCUGCUCUCUUGGAAGUCCAAUUUAAGAUUCUUAAAAAGUGCAAUGAAGUGAGAGAUGCACCGCAGCACAUGUCGUCAUCCCCCCCCUCACGCUUGCUUUACCUACUCAAUUCCUGCUUGAGCUGAAGAUCCCUCUCCCUCCAUUUCUCCCCCCCUCUGUUUUCGUCCCAAUAAUCCAUUCUCCUAUCCAGGGCGCUGCUAUUGUGCAGUGCGUGAAGUGUGCAGCUUUGAUGAUGUGUCCUUUAUUUAAAACAUGCAUCUGCUAUGGGUAAUUAAAGGCUCCACUUACUUUGAUGAGGACGAGUACCCGGACAAAUAUGCACACCAACACUCUCAAACUGCUGCCCCAUCAUGCAUGCAUGCACACAGACACUUUACCUCUCAGGCGAAUCCACAGCUUCCUCCGGCUCGUAACAUCUAAAUGCAUUUGUGGAGUGCAUAUGAUGAAGAGCGUGAUAUUAGCAAAGCACUGCAGAAAUGCUAUCCUUCCUCCUGUUCUAGAGAUAGCAAACAAGAGACAGGAGCAAAUACACUCAAGCCGCUCUACAAUAUCCCAUCACAUUAAAGCUGCAUAAAUAACCAGAUUUCUCAUUAAAACUGAGGCUCUUCAGAAAUGUCAAUCAUGAAACAUUCACUGUGGAGUAAACAGAGCAUAAAAGACUUCAAAAAUGGCAUCAAGCUUCAGGUAGCUGUCAGCGAUUGUUUCCUUAUCAGUGACUCAACCACCUAAUUUCUUCGCUUAUCCAUGGCUGACAGUGUUGAAAACCGGCAAAGGAACAAACUAACUACGGUUGUCUCCCCAGCAACACUAUCCAGCCACUCAGGGAGAUGCCAGAUUUUUCCAAGCCAGCUGAGUGAACAAUCCCUUCAGCUCAUUUUGGGUCCACCCCAGGGUCUCCUGCCAGUCUGACAUGCCCAGGAACCCAGGAAAGGAAAGAGCUUUGGAAGUGUCCUAAUUGGAUUUCAAAAUCACUUCGUCUGGCUCCUCUUUAUGUAAAACACCAGCAGCUGUGCUCCAGAAUCAUUUUGGAUCUCUGAGCUCCUCGUCUUAUCUCUAUCUCCCAGCCCAGACACCCUGGAGGAAACUCCUCUGUGCUUCUUGUAUCCAUAAGCCUGCGCAGAGACCACAACCACACAACUGAAAGAUGGAUCAACUAGUCUUCAUCUUCUGAGUCAGUUGAUCUUUUCUCUAUCACCUCCACUUUGUAGAGUAACUCCCUCCCAGCUGUAUACACACUGUUGUAUUAAACACAAUUGGGUGGCGUUUGUCUUUUCCUGCCCCUGUGGCUGGUGCACUCAUCGACUUAUAUGGAGUCCAAGUCCACAUGGUAGGGCUUGGAUCAGGCUGCUGGAGCUGUGGUGCUGUCGUCCCUGCCCUUUCACUAAUGAUACACUCAUUUACCUCAGUCAUAACCAUAGACUGUAUAUAGAAUGGAUGCUGUCUGCCUCCUCGCUGGGUGAAGCCACCGCAAGAACAGCCCCCUCUGGUGACAGGCUGCAGUAUAGGUCAUAAAUACCGCCUCCUCUAGGACAAACUUUAGAAAUUUAUUACACAGAAUAUAAAUUGUUCUUCCCCCUACUUGAGAUGUUGACAUGUAGUUACUGUAAGAUUUUUAAUAUUUAAAAAAUCAAUUUCUAAAAGUUAAUAGGGGGUUCGCUUUUUCUAUGAUUGACACUUGAUAUAGCCUUUGGGCGCACAAAGAUUGCGUAGCUCACCCAGGGAAUACGCCGUUUGAGCCGAACAUCAUCACAGCCACUCUCCCGCCAAAUGCGUACAACGCUACUGCGCAAUGUUGCUUUCAGGAAAUGGGGAAAAAACUUGGAAAUACCGAGAGUUGACUGGCAAAAGGCCGAACCAAGUUGUCCAUAGUAUAUAUGGUCAUCACAUGAGGAAGAAGAGUCAGUGCAGUCUGUAACUCCUGUUGGGAAAAGCUUAGCUGAAGUAGUGUCUCUUAGCGUUCCCCCUUGACUGUGCUAAUCCAGUUUACACUGUGCUGCAUUUGACUGCAGAGCUGUUAUUUAUGGCAUUCGACAAAUCAGGGGUUUUUAUUUUCAUCCAUCUUUUCAAAACGUCUAUGCUCUUACCCCAAAUGGAGCAGUCAUUGCCUCAGACUUGGAGGUGCUCACUCUCAUCUCAACCGCCUCAUAACCCUCUGGAGGCCACAACUGCAUGCUGCAGCGAAUAAAACCACAUCAUCUGCAAAAUGUUGAGUCGAGAGUUCAAGGUUUCCAAGUUUAUCCUGGCGGCGGCUUGACAUCUUCUCAGAACUACUUGGACUCCGAUCGUCCAGUCCUCAAAUAUUCGUAGACACAGAGCCUGCCCCUGUGAGUGGACACUUGAGUACUGCUGGAGUAUGAAGCAAAGGGACUGCCAAAGUGAGAGGAGUUGAAAUUCUUACCAAAGAGUUAAAAGGUGUUCGCCGGUGUUUUCAUCUGCAGGCUGACUCCUUGUUAUAUUCCCUCAAGAAGUCGUUAAGCCUUCAAACGGUUUUCUCCUGGGUUCUAAUGAGACGAUAUGGAGGCCUCAUAUGUCUUCAUGAAUUCAAACAGAAAUGAGCACAAUGAUUAAAAUGUUGUUUUUCACAUCUUUAAGAUGCCUCACAGCCCUUUGAGUUAAAGCACCAACUUAUAAAAAAUUUAGACAUGAUGGUUCUGGAAAUCUCAGCUGGUCUGAUUCUGAAAUCCAGGGCUUAGAAAUGCCAUUGAGGAGAGCUCGAUUAAAAAAACAAAAAUAAAAAAUCUCUAAUACAAACUUAAUUCCAUGUUGCAAAGAGGAGAAUUGAGAAAACGGUCUGACGCAUUUCAGCUCUUUUAUAAUUGACCAUUUCAACCAUCCUUGAUCUGAGUUCAUUUAAGGCAAAUCCAAGUUUGUUGGUCCUUUGAGGUAAGUGCAUUUACUGUGACAAGCUACUGAAUCACUCCCCCUCUCCCAAGUGUCCUCCUUCAUUUUCUAAUUUCCUGAGUUUUAUGAAACAAGCAGGCGUAGGUCAGCAAAAAUGUCUCCCAACGGUCGGAAAUGAUAAAACCUUAACGCCGAUAUUUCAACUCCCUGCACUCCACACCUCUAAUCGGAUCAUUUUCGGUUGACUUUAUAGUGACUGUGGGAGAAUAUUUGGUGAGGGAAAAAUGUCAAAUCCUCCUUGUACCAUCAGUGUGUUUGUGUGUGUGUGUGGAUGUCGGUAUUUCUAUUUGAUGUUUGAUUGCUCUUUUGUAGGCUACCUUCCUCUCCCUGCAUUACUGUCACAUCAUUUGGCUUUUUAUUUGUCUUGUAACCUUUUGGAGAGAAAAGAGGGAGUCAGAAUCACUGCUCUGUUUUCACUUUACUGCUUUGCCUUUCUCCUGGUUAGUUUGAAGGUUUGACUUUCUUGUGUAAUAAUUGAGGUUGGCUGUGUUUGCAACUGGCAUGCUAAAUAUAUCAAGAAGUCUGCACUGUGCUUUAGCAUAGAAGAUGUUGGCAGAAAUCCAGUAUCUUGCAUUGAUUUUGGUAGUCGGCUGUUUGUGAAGUGAUUAAUUGACUAAUAAUUGAUCAGUUGCACAAACACCAGCGCUUUACUGUGUUAAUGUAGCCAUCAGCUUUAAAGGGAUAUUCCGAGAUAGACAACCCUGGUCAACCACCGAGUGCAGCUGAAAAUUUAUUAUUAUUACUUCAUGGAAAUGCAAUCGGACCAAAACGCUAACACCAAUUUCCACCACAUUCAGAACGGCUCUGAUCCAGAACGGCAGCACGAAUUUCGUGGCAGAUUACAGACAGCGGGAAUCGCGAGAACUCACAAGAACCAGCGGAUUCACAUGCAAUCGCGCGAUAAGGGGUUGUCUCUAUAAAAACAGCCACAUAACCAUAUAAGCAGUAGAUUGUGUCCUUCCAAAGGAGGAAAUCCACUUCUAGACUUCUAAAACCAGCAUCUCCUCAUCCAUGGUGUCACAUGGAUGAAUAGCUGUCUUAAAACCUUUCACUUUAUUUUGUGUCUUUGCCCGACUUCCUUUCCAGCACUGACUAAUCUAUGCUGAUUUUAUACGGCAUGCUCCGGCGUCUGGAAAACAUAGAACUCUUGCGAUCAGCUGCUGGUGUCCGAUAAUCCGCAGUGGAACAGAAAGAAGCCGGUGGAAAUUGGCACAUUAACUUGAAUGGUUACGAUCAGCUGCGAUCAGCGGAUACGGCCUUUUUAUAGCCAUUCCGGAUGCGGUGGAAAUUGCAGUUAAGGCAAAAGAACUACCCCGUCUGCAGUGCACAUACAAGAUACACAAGAACUCUGAUUGCAUUUCCAGGAAGAAGUGUUGAUAAAUGUUCUUCCUUGAGCUGCGAAACUCCGCUGCACUCGGUGAUCGACUCGUCAGGGCUCCUCCACAAACAAGAGGCUGCUGGAGGAGAGUGGGUGAGUUGUGUUUGGUCUUUUUGCUUAAGAAAUUAAGCGAAUAUUAAAAUAUGUUUGAUGGCUUGGACCCUAUAUGUACUGUUGAUGAAGUUAGGUGCUGUUCUGAGCAUUAUUUGUGGCGUUUUGGUUGUGGUUUGCGUGUGGAGAGGUAGACCGCUGUGUAUUGCUAUUGUGAGGUCAUUACUAAAGUUGGUAUAUCUAGAGAAGCAAGCAGUCGGCAACAUUCAUCUCUCGAGGGGGUGUCAAACUCGGUGUUACGGUGUGUUUGACCAUAACUUAAAUUUACGCCGGAAUAUCCCUUUAAGUUCAGCGUUACAUUUUGAAGCCCACACACCUGUUUUUGUCGUUGUUUUAACAUAAUAAGUGCUAAUGUCAGAAAGUGGAUUUUGGUGGUGUGUAUUUGGUGAGAUCUAUUUUAUGAUUUGCACACAGACUCUUCAUUAACUGUGUUGAAGAUGCCAUACUUCUAGACUUAAGGGUGAAGAUGUUGCAUCAGCCGCUGCCGCUCUGCUUUGUUUUUUUUUUCACUCUCCUUCCAUCCACUCGUUGCUGUUUCCAUGCAUAACUCUCAGCAGAGGAGGGACGACUGUAGGAUGAUUCACUCCUCAGCAACUCAGCCCCAGAAAACGACGUCACAUCCACUCGAAGCAUGAAAAACAAACAAGAUAGAAAUACAGAUAAUUAAAUUCACUCUGCGGCUGAUUUUUCAUCUUCAUUGCUUAUUAAGUUAUUGAUUCAGCAUGUCAAAAUAUUUCCAUUAAGAUAUUUGACAUCCCACCCAGGGUCCCCUUUUGAUUGGAAAUUAUAUGACCUUGAUUAUAUUGACACCAGUGAUGAAGUUUCACAGACAAGAAGCAAUUAAAACAUCAGUCAAAAUCUCUGUCGGUCUGUGCACAGAGAAAACCACACUGGUUUUAUUCAUGUAUUUACUUCUUGUAUCCUUACACCUCUUAGCUGUGAAAUUCAAAGAAAUUUUUUCAAUAUAUCAAAGUCCUGGAACAUUAAAUACACUUAUAAUUAAAAAUAAAGCAUAUUUGCCCAUGAACGUGACAUUUAGUCUUCAUUUAAUGCUCCCGUCUUCUGGUUUGUAUUCCAUCUUGAUGCAUCACAUCUCAUUGUAUCAUGGUGUUGCAUUGUAAAGCAUCCCACACAUAUAUUGAAUUUUGUGAUAUCGAAUUCCAGCGUAUCAGAUCAUAUAGUAUGAGGGGAUAAAUAUAUAAAAGCGACUUUUAAAUGUAUACAGAGAAACAAUACAGUCAGCCCACGGUUCAAUGCAUAUGUUAGGUUCUUAGUUCUUUUCAUUUUAGGCAAUUUUUCCUGAUGUAAUUCUAAUCUGGUAUUGAUAGUAAUGUCUUAAAAAUGUGAAAUAUUGCUUCCUAAUCCCUGCGCUUUGACUGACAGGGACACACAAACUCAGAAAAUGAUAAAUGAAAGCUGAAAAAGGUCGUUAAUAAGUCCUUAUACUCUAACAUCAUGUUGAGAUUUAUAGUAUUUCUAAUUGGAUGGUAUUGUCACCACGGGGCAGCUUUGCCUGUUAGAUCCAGUACUCUUAAAGAGGGAAUGAAAUCUCACUUUUAAUUGCUUUUACUUUUCGUUAUGAUUGGCUGCACCAUCCAGAGCCACUCUUUGAGAAGCAGCUGUGAUUUUAUUCUCAUUAUACAAACACAGAGAGUGAUGGAAAUAACUGUCUGAAGAAGACGGACUGAGAGGUUGGGGUUUUUGAGGAGAGAGGUUAAAAUCGUUCCAGUUUUUUUCCUCCUAACAUCUGACCCUUUAACGUGUAAAGUUCUAACUGUGCUCCUGAAAUUGUUCGAUUCAGAGAGGAAAAAUAGUCUUGGUAAAGCUCCAUUCACACAUUUUCAAAUAGGUGGGUUAUUUUUUUUGCUCUCAAACCAUCUUACCUGCUCUCUAUUUAAAGCGCACUGGUGCCUCGUAGACAGGGCCACACAGUUUAUCCUCGAUCUUGAGAUUUCUGUCUCAAUGUCCCUCUGAAAGGUUCAUAUUUGUGGUUUGGUUUAUUUCUGUGCAGAUAUUUUCGACGGUUCAUUUUCCUCCUUCUCAUCAUCAUUGCUAAUUUUAAACAUAAAUGCCUUCUCAUUGAGCGCCGCUCCAUGUAGAGGCAGUCAUACUUUUGUACCACUGUUACGGUUUGCAUCUGUGGGCGGUGAGAUAGUCAUGGCUGUCAUGCAGCAUUCAGUCUGAAAACAUGUGUUGAAAUUUGCGGCUGGCCUCUGGUGAGCCUCGUCCUGAGUGUGACUGUGAAACAGGAAAAGGAUGUAGGGGGGCGUACGAGGACAAAGCCUAGUUUAUGACUCAGUUGUCCUGGAUUUUAGCUGAUGAGCAGAUUUUGGUGCUUUUUUUCCCCACAUGCAAUAGAUCAGACUUGCCGACAGUGUGCAAAAUUUAAACUACUCCCAGCCAGAAGUGACGUUUCAAUCAUUAAAUAUCUGGUGAAAAAUGUUGCCAUCACUCUGCCGUGUGAAACAUUGAAGAGGUGAAGCUGAGAUUUAGUGCACAGGUAUAAUUUUCUCUCCAGUCUUCAAUCACCCUGACACUUUUUGUUGACCUGCUUUUUGUCAAACACCAUUUAGGUAUUUAAUGGAUGGAGCCGAAUCGAGCUCAGAGAGCGAGAUGGAGAUAGAUGAAGACAGCGAAGAGGAAGUGACCAGGAAGGUAAAUCUGUUCGUUUUAAUGAGCCUGUGAAAAAAUCCUGGAUGAAACAUUCAGUCAGAUUAAAUCCUCCUUUUAUUGAUCUUCCUCAGACUCCACAGAAGCAGGAGAGACAAGCAACCCCGAAAAAGACCCCCAUAAAGAGAGAGGAAGAUGAUGAGUACGGAGCCUCCACUGAUGUAGAUGAACCAGGUUUGCAACAAACCGCUUUAAUACAGUUUUUACAGCUUGAAUAAAAGAGAAAGAGAGUAGUUUUUUCUGAAAGGUGGCAGGAGGAUAACAGCCUCUAAAAGUCCCAAACUGCUUUUGACUGGACUUUUUUGGCAAUACUCCCGCUGAGACAUGCCGAUGGACAGGUGUAAAUGAGAGGGGAGGACGAGGGAGGUUGACCCACGGAAAAGGUGACGUGGAGAAAACGAGGAAAUGACAACUGAGCUCAAAGAGGCACUCAAAGUUUAGAAACAACGUGUUUGGAAAGGAAAACAGACAAGAAUGAGAUUCCUCUGUGAGCCGAGGACCAAACAAGCCCGCUCUUAAAUUCGUACAAGGCCAGCUAGUUUACCUAAGCGCCGUUUUUACACUUAGAAUGCUGUCGGACAAACCUCCUAUGAGUGAGCGCGCAAAGGAAAACCUAAGGUGUCCGAAUUUUAAUGACAAAUAGAAAUAACUAAACAUAAUUUAUCCAUUUAGUUAGGGCUGGGCAAUGACCCGAAAAUUUACAGAUACCGAUAUUUAUGUCAAUAACCGUCAUCAUUUUGCUCAUAUUGUUAAAUUUGGUGUCAAAAAAUGAAUAAAUAAAAGUUUGUUUUGGACGUGUGUAGGUAGGCUAUGGUCUCAUGUCCCUUUUAAGAUGCUGUCCUACAUCAGAGACGUGACUCCACCCCAUCCAGUCUGUAACAAAGAGGGAAAGACAGGUGAGGAGAUGGAGGAUAGUUCAAAAGUUGUCGCAGCUGAAGUAGACAAAGUUAAUGUGGGAGGGGAUGAGCAGCUUGUGGAGUAGUUAUCGUCCAUUUAUCGUUAUCGAGGUGAACUGCUCAAUAUAUCGUGAUAUUGAUUUGAGGCCAUAUCGCCCAGCCCUACAUUUAAUCUGAGUUUUCACAGAAUAGAUUCAAAAGCAAAGAUUCAGAUCAUCUGGCAUUUUUUUAUGCAAGCUGACAAACUUUAAAUAGUCUGAAUCGUAAGUUUUUGGUGUUUGCAACUUCAAGGAAAAUAACAGAUGAAGAAAAAAAGACACUGAGGUAGCAGACGCUGGCAAAGCUCCAGUUAUAUUUUGAUUCUAUUUAAAGAGGUCUGACAUAAGAUAAUAUCAUCUGUUAUACCUUUAGGAAGUUUCUCUGGCAUUUAAGGAGUGCACAGACUCAAACAGAUUUCAGAGCACUGGUUGCCAUUUUUAGCGAGCUGUACUUUAAACUGAAGUAAUCUCAGCGCCGUCUGAUUAAUCUUUCUAAGUGAAGCUCCUGUGAGUACUUCCAAUCUCAAGACUCUUUUAGUGCCUCCUUGUAGACAAGCCAGAAUCUCUUUACUGAGCCUUUCUCAGAUGUGUGAAAGUCUUCUGAUGCUCAUCUGCAUCCACCAAAACACGAGCGCUUGGGUCAGAGUCUCUCCAAAUUCCUGUCUGCCACAUAUUAGCGGCAUACCUAGCGUUCUGCUACUGCAGGGAAUUUCUUAGUGAAGAGUCCAGCAGCACAGACUGACAUCCAUUGUGGCCUGUAACUCAAACAACCUCACUUCAAAAUGCUGAAAUAUCCAUUCAGUGCCAGGAACAUUUAUGUAAUUUUCAUCCAGUGCCAUUAUUGACUGUUAUAGAAAUUUCUGUGUCUUACAGGACCCACAGAGUAUCUUGUGCUCAAACUAGAAUUAAGUGCAAUAUCUCGAAAGAAAGGCGCGAUUUUCUUCAGAAGAAAAUUCUGUACCUCAAGCCUGUGUUUAGAUAUUACCUGCUCAAUGCAGCGCCGUCAUAUCAUCUUUGCAGAUCUAGAAAAAAAAAUCUGUGAAAAACACAUUUUUACGAAGGAGAGACUUCUGUUUCAUUUCACUUCAAACCACUUUACUGGUGGCAUCAAAGUCCUCCCUCCUAGGACAGCGCUCCUCAUCACUCUCCAGAUCCGAUUGUGAAAUGUCACUCUGUGAUGGCUGGGAGUCAUAUUGGUUCUCGAGAACCUGACGCCGCGACAUAAACCACACGGACUGCUCGCAUCCUUCUCGCUGAAAUCCAGCUCAGUCUCGCUCACCAGUACUGGCACCCAACUAACCAACCCCAGCGGCACAACGACAUGCUGGAAAAUUAUUUCUUAGAUUGUCUGCUGACGAUGUGAAGGUCCGGGUCCAGAGAGGGUAGCACCGCUCCCACAAGAGCCGAUGCGCCAAGACCGUUUGCUCUUGGCUAAUGACUUCGGCAUUUUCCUACUCUCAAUUGGCACACUUCUCACUGGCGAGUACUUGUUUUUUGUUAUUGUAACAUGGCCAUGACAAAUUUCGGCUUUUUUUUGUGCGUUCAGAACGAAACUUAGUCGCAUGUUGGGGAGGAGCGCCCUCUGGUGGAAAACAGAAAAACUGAAAAAUCCAUCAAAAUCCGUCAAUGGCACUGAAUGAGUUAACAUGUCCCUCACUGUGAAUCUUAGCCGUAGACCGAGUCAAUACAGGAUCUGACAGAACUUGUAGUAAAAUAAAAUCACGUUUCACAGAGUUUCUGUCUUCUACGAUGCCUCAAGGUUCCUCAUAUGGAGUCAAAUUAAAUCAGGGAGACAAGAAAAUGCAUUUUUCAGUCACUAAGAGGGAAACAUUUAAGGCAAGAAGUCUCCCUUACUUUCAAAUUGAACACAGCAGCAUUGAUUAGAAAGCAACAAAAAUCUUUUGAAUUCAUUCCUACGUUUAUUUCUUGCUCAUCUGUGUUUCUGGGAUCCCUCGGCUGAAUUGUAAUUGGUUACAGCCUGCGGGAAGAGAUUCACUCCAUAAGCUCAGAUAAGUAAAGAGGGAGGGCGGGCAGCACUCGAGCUGAAGAGGGGCUGAGCAGAUUGAGAGGGGCAGGAGGACGGGUUCGAGAAGGAAAAAAAAGGGACACCUUUAUGAAUCACUUGUUAAUAAAUGAGUUGAUGAUGACGCUGUGAAAAAUAAGGGGGGGGGGCUGCAGGCGCCGUUUGAGGAAAGAAAGUGAGACGUAAUCAAUGUGAAGGGACUUGUGCAUGAUUCUCAUUUCUAUGUUAAUGUGAGGCCAGAAGUAAAGUGGCGCGGUGCAUCAGUGAGGAGACACAACAAACAGCGAGCACACACAGGGAGACGGCGUUUUAAUAAAGGCUUCUUCUCCAUUUGGCCCCGACGGCAGAUUAUCGUUACAGGCACAGCAAGCCUUUGAAGACUGAGUUCAGAGAAAGUUCCUGCUGUUUUUGCUUUGUUUUUAAAAAAGGACCUGAUGUGCUGCAGCAACAUCGACUCCAGGAAGAUUCAACUCCGUCAAACAACCACAAAUAUGAUCAGAUCGAGUCUUUGGUGUAUGUUUGUUUGUGUAAACGAAUAUCAGAUAACCUUUUUUGUACAAACCUACAUAAAAAUUUUAACUUCCUUCUUUGUAAUCAAGACCUUCUCUGACAUUUGAGUAUCUCCGUCUGAAGGUCACACUGUCCACACUGACGAAUCAAAACUUUCUUUCACAGGAGAGGAAGAUGAUGGAUCCGCUGUGGACACGGAGGACGAGCUUCAGAGGUAAACAAAACCAGAAAUGUCAAUGAUGCUUACAGAAAAAUUGUUUUCUUGCAUCCUCUACGGUUUUUGAUUCCACAUUAAACCAGUGAUUCUGCUCCAACUUGCAGAAUUUUGGUGUAAACAACGCCUCAAUCAGCACGAUGUGAAGAAAGAAAUUUAGAAAUAUUUACUGAUUCCUGGGCUGAGCUUAUCUGCUGAUAUCCGAUACUGAUCCAAUACUACUGUUGAAUGAGUGAACUGUUUACCUUGCCCUGUGAGUGAAAGCAUGAGGGUUGACAUUAGCCUUGUUAAAAAAAACAAAUUAACACAGAUAUAAAGGUACUAAUGUGCAUUAACAAAGAACAAAUUGCACAUUAGCAGCAAAAAGAAGACUCCCAUGUAAACAUUUAGAGCAAAAGGAAAGACAGACAUCGAAUAUAGAGCGAACAGAAUCGCUUUGUUGCUGUGUAUGAUAUUAAAAGAAAAAAAAGACAGGAUCGGCGUCAUUCAUCAGAUAUCAGAUCCAGUUAAUUUGUCAAUAUCAGAGCUGAUAUCCAAUCCAAAUAUUGGAUCGGUGCAUCCCUAAUCCAAACGUGUUUUUCUUUCAUAUUUUGAUCUCCAAGAAAAGCCGUUUGCAAACUCCUAAGUCUCACAGGGAGAAGCUGCUCGCACAGGCGAUCUGAAAUGUGGCUCCAACAAAUUUUACACUCACAGAAGUCUUUUAAGAAGCUUCUUCUGUCCUCUGGCUGAAAAGAUGUAACAAACAUUCAGAAAACCGCGUUUAUAAAUGUUGAAGAUAAACGUGCUGCUCGUCUGUUGUUCCUUUGUUGUCGUUUCUAUCAGCGAUUGAUUUUGUUGUUUUUCUACGGUACGUGCCAAAGGUGCAACUUCAUCUUCACCCAGCUCAAAGAAGCAUGCUGUGAUGUUUAUUAUCUGUGGUUCAGGUUGAGAUGAGCAUUUGUGAUGAGAGGGCUGGAGCCAGACUAAGUCCAAGUUUGACAGUUUGUUGAGUAUAUAAAACUCUUAAUAUCUACAUCAGUCUUCUGUCCUCUCUACUCUUUCAUAAAUGAAGAACAUAAAUAUCCAAACUUAAUUAGUCUGCUGCUUUUCAGCUGUGAUUUUUGUGACACGUAUCAACUUGUAAAUAACAGGGAGCACAGGUGCGUCUCUGAAAGUUCUUUAGUUUUCUUUGACUGCAUAACUGAAAGAGGAGUCUAGACAAGGCGAAGAAACGAAGGCCACAAGCUGAGGUUUGACUGAAUCAUCUCCCAUGAAUGAUGACCAGCAGCUCCCUUUUUUGUCUCUUUCUAACAGAGUGGAGAAAGAGAGCAGACAGAAGAAAGCAGCUGUGGGAAAGACGGUGAAAGAAGAGGAUCCAUACGGGGGGUCAACUGAUGAAAACACAGACGCUGAGGCUGAGCAGGAUCAUCCCAUCCCAGAGCUCCCGGGUCUGUCUCCUCUUUGUGUCCUCCUGAUUCUCUUUAUCUGUACCUGCUCUUUUCACAGGAACAGGUGUCCUGCUUUCACAAACUAUCACGAACACUGAUAGAAAGUAAUUGCAGGGCUUUCUGCCUCGCAGGAACAUCACACACACACCAAACCAUCUUCUCUUCUGUUUCUUUCACCCUCGAACAAAGAGCACCUGUAAUCACUCCUCCCACACACUCUCGGUCAUUAACUCCUAUUUUUUUCCCAAUCUUCGUGUUUUUUCUAGAUUUCCUGAGCGGGAAGCGCUUCUUCCUUUACGGUAAAUUCCCCAACAAUGAGAGGCGUCUACUGCUGAGAUACAUAGUCGCCUUUAACGGGUGAGUCACACUCAUGGAAGUUCAUCAUGAAAACACUUAAACUCACAGUAAAGAGAAAAAAAUACAGGAAAAAAAGUCAAACUCUUCUUUGACAUGUUUGUUAACUUUGCUCCAGAGCUAUCGAGGACUACAUGACGGAGAAGGUCCAGUUUGUGGUGACCAGCGAGGGAUGGCAAGACUCCUUUGAAGACGUGAGUCGACUUUUUCCUUUCCAUCCCCUCCCCUGAAGUUAACAGUCGCCACGUUUACAUGUGCAAAGUUUCUUGAUCCGAUUAAAAAUUUAAGGGAUUGGAUAAUCCGAAUCCACUGUUUAUAUGGGCGCAAAUUCAAAUAAUCUGAUCAUGACGUGCGUAGACAUGCACCAAGUUUUAUUCAGAUUAGAAGCAGUUGGACAUGCGCAGAGUUGUCUAAUUUCACAAAAAAAUGCAGAAGAAGAAGAGUUAUAUUUACGCCUGUGCUGUCAACAAACCAACAAACACAGUAGUGGCUUACUCCAUCCAAUUCAGGAUUCACCGCCUUGUUAAAUGUUGUCACUAGAUGGCGCCCUUGCUUACUUAUUUUACCGUUUUGUCAAAGGUUGCUCUGUGCGUGCAGAUGUGACAUCAUUACGCUGUAUGAACGCCUUGUUAUGGUAACAGAGGAGCAGACACGGCGCCCACAAUCGUGUUUUAUGCCAAAGUGUUAAUAAUGAAACCUCCUGAACUAGUUUUAAAGGUUUAAGAGUCAGGUAAGAGAGUCACGAUCAGAAUCAGUGUUGAUUUCGUUGACGAUGACGUUGACGAAAAUAUUUGGUCAAUGUCAUCGUCAACGAAAACAACACUGCAGAAUAUAUGUUUCGCUUUUGACUGAUGAAAUGCUCAUGAAUUUUGCAAUUCUGUUCGUCGUCCACCACUAACGUAAGUCUCGUCAACGUAAACACACAUUCGUCUCGUCACAUUUAAGUCAUCUAAGACUUAUGUUUAGCUCGUCAAAGACACGUCUUCGUCGUGGAAAAAAGGGGCGUUGACGAAAACAACACUGAUCGGAAUAAGUGUUAAUAUAUUCGCAUUUCAGGAUAACGAUCGACAUAAAACACCCCUCUCGAUCGGAAUACAAUUUCUUUCUGUUUGAGCUGAACUGGACCAGAAUUUUCUGAUCGACAUGUUUACCAUGAUGCUUUUUUAUUCCGAUCGAGCGUUUUUUCCGAUUAAUUGUGCCCAUGUAAACGCAGCUAUUGAGAUAUUGACACCCGACACAAAGAUCUGGACUCUCUUCCUGUUUGAACCUUAGCUGGUCACAGUCACAGUGAUUUACACGUGCUGAAAUGACAAAAACAUUUUCCAUUUGAAAAAGAGGCCAAAGGUUGGAAAUGUAAUUCUGACAUUUAAGGUGUUUUGAUUGAUUAAUCAGUAUUGACUUUCACAUUGAUCGACAUCCAGCCGUAGAGUUUCUGUCAUCCUUUCAGCUGCACAGCGAUUGGCUCUGUGAAAAGUCCUUUAAAAGGUGAAUUAGACCAUAAAAUGUCAAAAAUUUACCAUCAAUUUGCUGUUGAUUUAACAUUUAAGGAUAAUUUUGGAAAUUGUUGAGCUGUGAUCAGACAUUACCAUAUCUUAUUAUCGAGAUCUUGAAGGUCCAGAUCUCUGACCAGCUUUUCUUACCUUUACUGUAGCCUAGGAAACCAGCAGCUUUGCUUUAAUGAUCCAAUGUGACACUAUGAAGACAAUCACACCACAGCUAUUCUGGUCCACAGCCUUGUUACUUCACGCAUUGACUACUGUAACUCACUCCUCUUCGGUGCCCCUCACAAAUCCCUCCAUAAACUUCAACUUGUCCAAAACUCUGCAGCCCGCAUUAUCACCAGAACCCCCUCUUUUCACCACAUCACCCCUGUCCUUCAGCAGCUUCACUGGCUCCCCAUCAAGUUCAGAAUCAACUACAAAAUCCUCCUGUACACUUUCAAGGCCAUCCAUAACCUUGCCCCCCCCUACCUCUCCGAUCUCCUCCACAUAUCCACCCCCUCACGCUCCCUCAGAUCCUCCUCCUCCCUCCACCUCUCUGUCCCCUCUGCCCGGCUCAGCACCAUGGGGAGCAGGGCUUUCAGUCGCUCUGCUCCCAAACUCUGGAACUCUCUCCCCCCGGACCUCAGGAACAUGGACUCAUUACCCCACUUUAAAUCCAAUCUCAAAACACACCUAUUCCGAAUCGCAUACUCACUUUAACUGUCUACUUUCACACUUGUAUGUUGUUCUUAUUUAUUUUAAUUAUGUUUCUAGCUGUGUUUUUAUGCCCUGUAAAGUGUCCUUGGGUGCUCAGAAAGGCGCUUUUAAAUAAAAUGUAUUAUUAUUAUUAUUAAUCAAAGCUUUUCAUUACAGCGUGACUGCAGACCCAGAGGCUGCAGAAUCGGGACUGCAGUCCUGGUGCUGCGAUACAAAAGCAUGAUUCAUACUUGAUUAAAGCACAAGCUGGAGGUGCCAUUUCUAUUGUUCUCACAUUUUCCAGUUUCUGGUCCUGCUACAGUCUUUUCUUGACCCAAGUAUGCUUUGAUAGAGCUGGAGCUGAUAAAUGUUGAGCAGCAGUCGAUUUUACGACAAUGAAUUCCAAAAGAAACUGAGAGGAGACAUUGAGGGAGGUGUAUGAAUGAAUGAAGGGCUUUAGUGUGACAAUCUGUAAAUGCAGGCAAUCCAGGAAAUAUAACGCUGCAUACUAAGAUUUUUGAGUUAGUGCACAUUAAGCAGCAUAGAUUUCUGGGUAGUUGAAGGGCUCCAUGGACCUCCAGCGUAUUAUAAUUAUUUCUAUAAUUGUUACUGUAACUAUUGUAAUUAACUGAUCAAGCCAAGUGGAUCAGACAAAUAUGAACGGUAAGUUUGUUGGGCUCUUAUAAGGGACACGGGUGGUGGUCUAGCUGAGACCAGCUGCAGGUUGUUGAUAGGGGAGAUAUGCUUCAUGGUGUCACGAACUGAGAAACCCUCAGAGAAUGAGCCUCUGAGCUAAGAUGUCCUUUUGAUGAUUUUGGCAGCUAAAAUUAUAUGUCUGUUGGUGUCUGGAAACUUCUUAAAUUUGACUUAAAAAAAAAAAACGGGGAAGGAGCGUCGAUAUCGCUCUCAGUGUAAUAACUGACAGCUGCUGUGACUCAUGGAGGAGGCGGUGCUCUUUGAUUAGAGAGCGAGGAUCUGCUCAGGCAGAGGACCAGGGUUUAAUCAACAUUGUCGUUGGUCACCAAUCACCGUGACAUGACUUUCUUUUAACCUCAACUGUGGUGUAAAGGGAAUCAUAUCUUCCUGCACCAAAACAGAUCGAAAAAUACUGAAGAAUUUUCAAUAAGAGUCAACAUGAAGAAGCUUUAAAGUCCUGGUUGAUGAUCUGAGAAGCAGUUGAAAAAAACUGAGCUGUUGAGGCAGAUUUGAAAAAAGCGUCUCCCCCACACACAUACAAACCUCUCCCCUCUGUGCUCCAUGGUAACUCCCCCCUGAACCUGUAUCGCCCUCCCCACGACACACCUCCUCUGGCAGAGCAAGAAGCCGGCCGGCAGGAGAUCCUACGCUAGCUUCAAAUCGGAUUCACCAUGUCGGAUUGUUAGUGACUAGCGGCUAAAAACGCCAGCUCUGCUCACGAGCUCCGUCUGCAGCUGCCUGGACAGCUACCCUGUUGACAUUGCAGAGACUAGUAAGAGUUAUUUAUGUAACAUGUGCCACAAUAAAAGGUGAUAAAAAUUACCCACUCAAUAAAAACUGCUGUCUCGGCGUCUGUUUUCAGGACCAAAUCCUGGCGGAGCUUUCUCCACCGCUCCAAGGAUGACCCGAUGUUUAUUCAAGUUAGAUUCCUCGCUUGGUCUCAUUUCCUCUUCGUCUUUGUCUUUUCUUCUGUCUGUGUUUUCUUCCAACUUUUGCGGUGGGGCAAGCAGAAGUGUUUUUUGCGUCGUUCUUCAUCACAGCUCCUUUAGCUAAGCUGCUACGCUACGUCUAGCCACUCAGAGCACCGAGGAGGCGAGGCCUGGGAGGGGACGAGUCGGAACUACGGGAGAGGGGUGUGUUGAAUGCAGCGAGGCGAUUGGAUAGAGAGGCGGAGCAGGAGAUUGACCAAUAGGAGUUGUCCGCGACAGGUGGCUCCUAUUGGUCGAUGUUUUUGCAGCCCUGCACCUGCUCGGGUGAACAGAUUUUUCAGAUCUUUUUUCUCUUCACUUUGUGGAGAUCACUCUAUAGGACCAUGAUCGCCAUAGAAACGAGGUUCAUAAUAAUUACCAAUCUCUCCAAUCGUCAAUCAUGCCUUUAACAAUUUUGAAUAAGAGUCAGCAUGGAGAAGCUUUAAGAAAGUGCUUCUUUUAGAGUUUCAUCAAAAUGAAAGCAAAGUGAAGACCUAAGGGAUCUGAUCUUCACAGCUGGUUUCUCCAUCUACUGAAAUGAGUCUUCAACUUUGUUAGCGUCUGAAUGAGCAGCUCGAGUUAAGAGCUUGAACUUCACUUUAGAAAAGGCUUUCCCUGUUUGUUUGUUUGUUCUGCAGCACUCUCUGACCUCUGUGCUUUCACUCUCUCUUCAACCGCAGGCGCUGAUGGAGAACAGCAACCUGAAUUUUGUGAAGCCCGCCUGGAUCUACGCGAUAAACGAACGCCAAAAGAUGCUGCCCUACCAGCCGUACACCGUCGUCCCCUGAACAAAACCCUGUGUACACACAAAGGUGCGCACAAACAUGCUGACACUAAACAUCCUGAAUGACGGGGAAACGGGGGGAAGCCAUAGAGACUCUUUUUUUUUUUCUUUCAGAUUCUCUUCACACACAUAAAAGCUUUAAGUUGUUAAUCCUUCAAAUACACACCCUCAACACCGAUUUCCCUCCUUACAGCAAAGUUCAAAAGCGUUUGAUGUUUCUGCCGAGGUAAAUGUUCGGAUUCAGUCCAGAUUUAAAUGGAGCUCUUAUUUCCAAGGUUGUUAGUCCUAGUUUGGCCACAGAGUACAAACAUCACCGGCGGAGUGCUGCGGGGACAUUUUAAGGACAAAGCACACGCUCACCUCGAUUCAGGACUCGGAUAAUUUUCUGCCUCCUCUGCUGCACUUUGCUGCUGCUGCUGCUGCUCUUCACCUCGGCUACCUCAGGCUCUGUCUGGAAAUGACUGAUCACCCUGUCCUGACGGCCAGCAGCACCGAUAAGACUCUCAGUAGUUUAAGCAGGGAGACUAUUUCGAGCCGAGCCAAGUCAAGUGACGCUGUGCCAUUUAUUUGAGAACACAGAUGCAAAAAAUUUCGACGAUUUAAAAAUGGAAAUGAAUUCUUUUGUAUCUUUUCACAAAUGUUAUUUUAAUAAAUAUCAUGAAUGGUUUCUGUGGUUUGUUAAGAGUUUGAUAACGAUGACUUUGUCUGAUUUUAUGAAUGUUUUUGCUCUGAGAAGGACUGACCUGACAGACGUGAGGACAAGAGUCAAGGCGGUGUGGAUGUCUGCUUGUUUAUUUCUCUCUUGGACUUUUUUUCCUGUUAAUUAUUUUGUCUAAAUAAAGGUUUGUUUUUUAAUCGAGAUAA